AUGAAAGAAGAGAUUAGAUUGAAAGAUGAGACUGGACCAGAGAGAAAGAGAGAGAGAUGGAGAGAGGGAUGGGGAGAGAGAGAUGGAGAUGGAGAGAGAGAUAGAGAUGGAGAGAGAGAUGGGGAGAGAGAGAUGGAGAGAGAGAUAGAGAUGGAGAGAGAGAUAGAGAGAGAGACAGCCCUCAUCAAUGUCAACAAGACAUCUGAACUGGAGGAAAUCUUCAAGAAUAUCAAGGAACAGCUGACAGAAUUAGAAAAUAUGGAAACAGACGAGUAUACAUGGAAACAGAACCAAAUGGCCAUGGAGGAGAAGACAGAGGGUGAGAAUGACACACAGAAAGAGGUAGAAAGAACGAGAAAAGAGAAAAUACCAAAACAGGGACAACAAGAAGAGGAGAAGAAGAAGGAGAUGGAGGGAGGAGAAGAAGAGGAGAGACACAAACAGAAGCAAAUAGAGAUGGAAGAGGAAGAAAGAGAGAGGGAGAACAAGAGAUGCAAGGAGAUAGAAAGGAAGAGUAUGGAGAAGAGACAGAAAAAAAUAGAAGAAGAAGAAGAGAGACAGAGAGAGAUUGAAAGAAAGAGAAUGGAGAAGAGACAGAAAAAAAUAGAAGAAGAAGAAGAGAGACAGAGAGAGAUUGAAAGAAAGCAUGAAGAAGAAAGAUUUAAACAGAAAAUAGAGAUGGAAGAGGAAGAAAGGGAGAGGGAGAACAAAAUAUGCAAGGAGAUAGAAAGGAAGAGUAUGGAGAAGAGACAGAAAAAAAUAGAAGAAGAAGAAGAGAGACAGAGAGAGAUUGAGAGAAAGAGAAUGGAGAAGAGACAGAAAAAAAUAGAAGAAGAAGAAGAGAGACAGAGAGAGAUUGAAAGAAAGCAUGAAGAAGAAAGAUGUAAACAGCCAAUAGAGAUGGAAGAGGAAGAAAGGGAGAGGGAGAACAAGAGACAGAGAGAGAGAGAAGAGAUAGACAGACGACAACAACAAGAGGAGAGACAGAAACAAAUGGAGAAAGAGACUCAGAAUCAGAGAGAGAUGGAAUUAAAAGAUCAGCAACACAAAGAGAUGGAGGAAGAAAAUAUUGAGGGACAGAAUGAACUGGAGAGAGAGAGGGAAGAAAAGCAGAAAGUGAUUAAGGAAGCAGAGGAGGAGGAAAGAGAAAGAGAAGAAGAGAGAAGAAAGGAAGUAAGAAUGAAGAAGCAUGUAGUAGUUAAUGUUAAAGCAAAAGCACGGGAAGUCUUCAACAGGCGUAAACAGAGGAGGUUAGAAGUGUUGAAGGGGGAACGAGAACAGAUGGAAAGAGGACAACAAAUCAGGAGGGAGAAGGAGGAAAGACUGCUGGAGAUGGAAAGAAAACAGGAGAGGGCAAGACGACAAGAGGAGCAGGAUAAAAAACGAGAGAUUGAAUUUGCUAGACAGAAAGAAACGUUCAGACUAAGAGAGGAGGAGAGGCAGAGAGAGGAGGAGAGAGAGGAGGAAAGAGAGGAGGAGAGAAAGAGAGCCAUUGAAGGCCAUUUAGCUUCGAUCAGAGAGAGGGAGAAGAUGAUAGAGGCUAACAAAAGGGAGGAGAUGGUGGAAGAGGAAAUAAGGGAGAUCCUUGAGAAGUACAAUAGGGGUGAGUUAGAGAACACUGAAGAGGAGGAGGAGAACCCUGAAGAGGAGGAGGAGAACCCUGAAGAGGAGGAGAGAAAGAGAGCCAUUGAAGGCCAUUUAGAUUUAAUCUGA